CAUCAGAAACACACACACACAGGCAAACACUGUACAUAAAAUAUGAGUAUUGUUAAUUUUUGUAACUGGCUCUGUCCUAGGCUGAGGUUGACUGGUUAGGUGGUUGGUUGUGUGGUAGGAUAUUUGUCUCUUUCUCAUGGUGCUUCCCCUCUCCAGGACCUCUAUCUGCCUCUAUAUCGACGCCUGUGAAUGGAACCUCUCUCUGACCUCCCUGGAAACCCUGAACAGGUGAUCAUGCUGCCUAAUUGGUCAAACAGGACCCUCCACCUGGUGGACUCUCUGACCCAUGCCCUAGGCCGUUACCUUGACAACUGGAGCCGGAACUCCUCAAAGGCAGAACAGGCUCUGGACAACACUCUGGCAGAGGAGAACUUCAGGAACGUCGUUUGGUACCUGAUAGUGAUGAUCGGAAUGUUUGCCUUCAUCGUCAUGGCGAUCCUGGUGAGCACGGUGAAGUUGAAGCAGUGCAAGCAUUCGGACGACCCCUACCACAAAUACAUUGAAGAGGACUGGACUGGCCCAACUUCAAGAGCAGAGCGGCGUCAUACACAACCCCACAGCCAACCAACCUAAUUUCUAUGCACACACGCCAUACCCAACACACACAUAUACCAUGUACAAACACACAGGCACACAAACACUCACGUACAGAC